AUGGACGGGGACGAGCUCAUCGCCUCGGUCCUCCGCAAGAUCGAGCGGGAAAAGGCCCUCAUCGCCGCCGCAACAAACAUGCGACUGUCGACUGACAACCCUAUGGUGCAACAAAGAGUCGACGGGAACAUUCGUGAUGGUCGGAAGAAUAUCGCCUACUUGGAAGAGAAGAUGAAGGAGCUGCAACUGCGUCAAGCAGAGCGAGAAUCCGGUUCGCCUACCGACAAACGCUUACCGCCGAACCCUGAUGAUGGCCCCGCCCCUCCGCCGAAAGAUUACGGUUCAGGUUACGGUGAUUCUGCACAUUAUGCGCAGCCAGGCGGAGGAAACAUGCCGUCAGGCGCUCCGUUCAAGGACCCCCGACCUUUUGCGCCUGUGCCUAAGGCUCGCCCGAAUUAUACCAAGCUCGACUUGAUCAAAUAUGAUACCCAAUAUCUUGGCCCGAAGAUCCAACUCAUGUUGUCCCAGCUCGAAUUCAAACUUAGUGUCGAAAAGCAGUACAAAGCAGGCAUUGAAAAGAUGGUUCGCCUGUACCAAGACGAAGGCGAUAGAAAGAGUCGCGCGGAUGCUGAGGGCCGGCGGGUUGAAAGUAACCAGAAAAUUCAGCUUUUGAAGCAGGCCCUUAAACGUUAUGAAGACUUGCAUGUUGAUAUUGAGUCGACUGAUACUGCUGAUGACGAUGAAAGUUUAAGUGCCCCAAACUUGCGCAAGCCUCUAACCGGUCUUUUGACAAUGCGUAUCCAAGCCGUUCAAGACGUCGACCAUGCGGCUAGCUCGAGGUUUUCCAGGGGUCCCGAGACAUUCGUUGUUGUAAAGGUAGAAGACACUAUAAAGGCCAGGACAAAGGCGACCAGGUCCGAUCGAUGGCAGGACGAGACGUUCAAUCUCGACAUCGAUAAGGCAAACGAGGUUGAGUUGACUGUAUACGAUAAGUCUGGCGAGAGACCCACCCCAAUUGGUAUGCUUUGGUUGCGCAUUUCGGACAUCGCGGAAGAGAUGCGCCGGAAGAAGAUUGAAACCGAGAUAAACGCUUCGGGAUGGGUUUCUGCGGAUAGGAUGGAGCCCGGCGCUGGUCCUGGGCGACCGGAUACAGCUGGAGGAUCAGGCGGCCCGUCACAGUACCCUGGUCCUGGAGGCUAUGGAAACCCUGGCGCCCAAGGCCAAACGGGCUCCGUCGGUGCUCCGCUGAUGAUUGACUCGUGGUUUGCCUUGGAACCCGUGGGCAGAAUCCAUAUAUCAAUUAGCUUCGCGAAACAACUGAAGGAUCGAAGACCGUUCGACAUAGGUCUCAACCGUCAAGGUGCAGUCCGGCAGAGAAAGGAGGAAGUCCACGAAAAGCAAGGUCACAAGUUCAUCACACAGCAGUUCUACAAUAUCAUGCGUUGUGCUCUUUGCGGCGACUUCUUGAAGUAUGCUGCUGGCAUGCAAUGCGCCGACUGCAAAUACACUUGUCACCGAAAGUGCUACCCGAAAGUCGUCACGAAGUGUAUCAGCAAAGCGAACUACGAGACAGACCCCGACGAGGAGAAAAUCAAUCACCGCAUCCCGCAUCGUUGGGAUGGGUAUUCCAAUAUCUCUGCCAAUUGGUGUUGUCAUUGCGGCUACCUAUUACCUUUUGGGCGGAAGAAUGCCAAGCGCUGUUCAGAGUGUGGUCUAACUUGCCAUUCGCACUGUACGCACUUGGUUCCCGAUUUCUGUGGCAUGUCCAUGGAGGCAGCAAACCAGAUCCUGGAAACCCUUAUCCGCCACAAGCAUCACAACAAGUCCCCAUCUGUCAGCUCUGGUCUGAGCGGUAAGACGCUUCGGACUGCAGGGGCGUCUCAAGAUUCCGCGCAUGCCUACCCGAAACCUGCGGAGAGCCCGUUGUCCUAUGGGGCGUCUCAACGGCCGCCGUCCUCUGAAGCAGUAAGUGCUGCGGCAACUUCUUAUAUACCUCCGCAAUCGCCUACUUCUCAGCGCCAGCCACUGCCCCCACGAACCUCUUCGUCAAGCCCUGCUGCCGCUGCGGCAGCCAUGGCAACAGGCAUACGCCCUCAGCAGGCACCUCCGGAUUCGAGCCGACCCAUCCAGCCCCCUGCCCAUGCUCAUUAUGACCCUGCUGCAUAUGCAUCCUACCAGCAACAGGCCCCUGCCAUGCAGCAGCAAAAUUACCAGGCAGCCCAAGCAAUGCAGAAGGUUAAUGCACCAGCCCCUUACGGUAUGCCACCCCAACAGCAACCGCAGCAACAAGCUAUGCAAGCCAUGCAGCAGCAAGUGGCUGCGAAAGAAGAAAUUCCUCAGGCAGCGAAGAUGAGAAUUGGACUCGACCACUUCAACUUCCUGGCUGUUCUCGGAAAGGGUAACUUCGGUAAAGUCAUGCUGGCGGAAACCAAGUCUACGAAGAAGUUAUAUGCCAUCAAGGUGUUGAAGAAGGAAUUCAUCAUUGAGAAUGACGAAGUCGAAAGCACCAAGUCCGAAAAGCGAGUUUUCCUAAUUGCCAAUAAGGAGCGCCACCCAUUCCUUCUCAACCUGCACGCUUGUUUCCAAACAGAAACUCGUGUUUAUUUCGUUAUGGAGUAUAUCAGUGGUGGUGAUCUCAUGCUGCACAUCCAACGAGGUCAAUUCGGCCUGAAGAGAGCACAAUUCUAUGCAGCAGAAGUAUUGCUGGCUCUGAAAUACUUCCACGAGAACGGCGUUAUUUAUCGUGACUUGAAGCUCGACAACAUUCUAUUAACCCUUGAUGGGCAUAUCAAGAUUGCUGAUUAUGGUCUCUGCAAGGAGAACAUGUGGUACGGAUCUACCACGAGCACCUUCUGUGGUACGCCAGAAUUUAUGGCACCUGAGAUUCUCCUUGAUAAGAAGUACGGUCGAGCGGUCGAUUGGUGGGCUUUCGGUGUCCUUAUCUACCAGAUGCUUCUGCAGCAGUCUCCGUUCCGUGGAGAAGAUGAAGACGAGAUUUACGAUGCUAUUCUUGCAGAUGAGCCUCUCUACCCGAUUCACAUGCCCCGCGAUUCGGUUUCUAUUUUGCAGAAGCUGUUGACCCGGGAGCCCGAACUGAGACUGGGAUCUGGCCCCACAGACGCCCAAGAGGUUAUGUCCCACGCUUUCUUCCGCAACAUUAACUGGGACGAUAUCUACCACAAGCGAGUUCCGCCACCAUUCAUGCCUACCAUCAGCAGCGCAACAGAUACUAGCAACUUUGACCAAGAAUUCACCAGUGUCACUCCUGUGCUAACCCCAGUGCAAUCAGUUCUUUCCCAAGCUAUGCAGGAAGAAUUCCGUGGAUUCUCUUAUACUGCGGAUUUUGCCUAG